GAAUUUCUCGUCCGAUCCAGUUGAGUCCACACAGUUGCCAACCAAAAUCCCCCCUCCCUCUCUCUGUAUAUAUACACCUCUGUCUCCAAGUGCCGACAGAUCUUCACAACCACUUUCAUUUCUCGCAUAUCUCUCUCCCCACACACUUUCAUCAUCUCUGUCUAUACAACCCACUACUCAAGCGAGAGAGAGAGGGAGAGAGAGUGUCCCAACGCAUUGAAAAUCAGAGAGAGGAGGCAUGGGGACUGAACACUACAGUUGGAGAGACACAUACAGAGGAAUGUCAAGUGAUAAUAUAAAGGGCUUAGUCUUGGCAUUGUCUUCAAGUGUUUUCAUUGGUGCUAGUUUCAUCAUCAAGAAAAAAGGGCUCAAGAAAUCUGGGGUUUCCGGUGUCAGAGCAGGAGUGGGAGGCUACUCAUACUUAUACGAGCCACUGUGGUGGGUUGGAAUGAUAACAAUGAUUGUUGGAGAAGCUGCAAAUUUUGCAGCUUAUGCAUUUGCACCAGCUAUUCUGGUCACCCCUCUUGGUGCACUCAGCAUCAUCAUCAGUGCUGUACUUGCACAUAUAAUUUUGCAAGAGAAGCUACAUAUAUUUGGAAUUCUUGGUUGUGCUUUGUGUGUUGUAGGCUCAACCACCAUUGUUCUACAUGCUCCCCAAGAGCGUGAAAUUAAUUCUGUGAAAGAGGUCUGGGAUCUUGCUACAGAGCCAGGUUUUCUCUUUUAUGCAGCACUGGUGAUAACACUAGUCUUCGUACUUGUAUUUCAUUACAUCCCUCAAUACGGGCAGACUCAUAUAAUGUGCUAUAUUGGAGUUUGUUCGCUAGUUGGUUCUCUAUCAGUGAUGAGUGUAAAAGCAAUUGGAAUUUCUUUGAAGUUGACAUUAUCGGGAACAAAUCAGCUAGUAUAUCCCCAGACAUGGGCCUUCACAGUAGUGGUAGUUUUGUCCGUGAUUACCCAAUUGAAUUAUUUGAACAAGGCCCUUGAUACGUUCAACACGGCUGUUGUCUCCCCAAUAUAUUAUGUUAUGUUCACGUCAUUGACAAUUUUGGCAAGUGUGAUCAUGUUCAAGGACUGGGAUAGGCAGAGUCCAACUCAAAUUGUCACGGAAAUGUGUGGGUUUGUGACGAUCCUUUCUGGAACCUUUCUACUUCACAAAACGAAAGACAUGGUUGAUGGUCCUGGAGUUCUGCCAGUGCGCCUUCCAAAGCACAUGGACGAGGAGGACAAUUUCGGUCAAGAAGGAAUACCUCUGAGACGGCAACAAACAUAACGAUAAACCCUGAUGUGCUCUUGUAUCCAGUGACCACGAUCAUAUCGGCAAAAGUACACCCAGAUAUCGUAGUUCUAUACUUGUGCAUCAAGCAUUAAACAAACCCACCAAAUCUUUUUAUAUUUUCUGGGAUUUUUGUUUCCAUUAUCGAUUUAUACUUUUCCUGGAAGGCCAGGAACAUACUCACAUAGUCACAUGAGAUGGUGAGUUUUUCAUGUAAUGAAAUUCUUUGCGCCAUCCAAGGGAAAUAUUAUUACAAAUAUAAUUCCAUAAGAUAAGACUUGAUCUGCA